AUGGUAGCGCUCGCAGAGGUCUGGAGGGCACCCAGGGGACGCGAGCUGGCCGGAGAGCUCGUCCACAGCCUAGAGAUGCUGUACGACAUCAUCGAGCGACCCGAGGGUGGCGGCAGCAGCGCCUACAAGGGAGCAGUCAAACAGGCGCUCGACGUCGCCGCGGCGCUCAACACGGCGGGCAAGAACCUACCCAGCGUCGAACAGUGGCGGCGGUUCAGGGCGGCGGCGUCGGGAGCCCACCCUGCCCCUACACAACGCGAACGGGCGGCCACGAGGGCGAGAAUGGCGGCAACGGGCUAUGCGACCAACGCAGCCAGGAAGGCCUCAAAGACGAUUACGUGGACGGCCAUCGAAUGGCGCAAGACGAACGCGCCCGCGCGCGACACGAGCGGGGGCGCACCCAGCGGCGGACAGGGGGAUGCCGAGCCUUCGAUCAGGGUGGUCGUCGCUGGAAGCCGACGAGCGGAGACGCGCGACACGGGAGCGGACAGAGUCCCGCGCCCCUUGCCAGUCAACAUCAUGAGAGGCACCGGGCUCGGCAACCCAUUCCCCAUGGGGAAGAGAGGCACCGACGAGGCGCUGCGCGACCAGAUCCACGCCAGCGCUCAUCCGACAGGCCAACGGGCAGCCCUUCUCGCAGGAGAGAUCGCCCCUCGACGCUCCGACGAAGCUAGGACGGGGAACGACGCCGUCGUGGCGAUGCGGGCAGCGCUGAACGGCCGCGGCAACGCCAAGGUGGUGCGGCUCGGAUGCUCGCCCUCGUGUUGA